CUGAUCCUCUCCGCCCUGGCCUCUUGCGCCAUUGGCGUCGUCGCCGCCGAGGACCUCAAGAUCGAGGUCACCCACGCCGUCGAGUGCGAGCGCAAGUCCCAAAAGGGCGACACACUGUCCAUGCACUACAAGGGCACUCUGGCUGCUGACGGCAAGAAGUUCGAUGCCAGCUACGACCGCAACCAGCCCUUCACCUUCAAGCUGGGUGCUGGCCAGGUGAUCAAGGGAUGGGAUCAGGGUCUCCUUGACAUGUGCAUUGGAGAGAAGAGAACCCUCACGAUCCCCCCCGAGCUGGGCUACGGCAACCGCAACAUGGGACCUAUUCCGGCUGGCUCGACUCUCGUCUUCGAGACCGAGCUGCUGGAGAUCAAGGGCGUCAAGGCCCCCGAG